AAAAACAUUUUUGUGAUGCUGCGAUGUGGAGAAAACUACGUGUCAAAUAAUGUAACAAAACGUAUCUCCUUUUCUUUAUCAGCUCAGCUGUCAAAUCCUUAAAAAAACUGAUCCACGAAAAUAUUGUUUUGUUGUGAAGAGUAGUGUAAAAGUGAUAGUGGAAAAUGAGCGGGUUGGAUAAAAAGCCGAAGAUCCCGCAGCCACCGGCUCCUGCAAGUAGCUCUGGGAACCUGCUCUCGAGCGUGGCACCUCCAUCUCAACUGCCUAACUUCGUUACGGCGAGUCCUGUAGUCCCAGCUGUGGAGGUCCCUCAGUCAGCAAUCAGUCAGCCAAUCGCAGCUCCUUUGCCGGCAGUUGGCCAGCCAAUCCCAGCCCCUCUGCCAGUGAAGCCUAUUAUAGUCCAAGGGAGAGAUGAACCUCCUCCACAAGCUGACACUGCUGAAACAUUCAGUCCAGCAAUCCCGCUGAAUAAGGGUGAACCAUUGAUGUCAAUCAGGUCACCAGAAGACUCACAGGCAUCACAGUCUCCAGAUUCAUUGCCUGACUCAACUUCAGAGAUUGAUAAACUUGGUGACAUAAUGCCCGGCAGUGGUCUGUUGACAUGGAUGAAGGGAGCGGUGUCCACAGGAGGGCUACUGCAGCGCGUCGCGGAGAAAGCAAAGAGCUCAGUUGAUACUAUGAUCACCACACUAGACCCACAAAUGAAGGAGUAUUUGAGAAGCGGUGGGGACCUCCUAGUGGUGGUAGCAUCAGAUAAAGAAGUAAAAGUGUCACCAAUCAGAGAAGCGUUUCAAACUGUUUUCGGCAAAGCUAAUGUUGUUGGCUAUGCAGCCCAGAGCGAGGUGACAGCGGAGCAGCCAGUAGGUUACGCUGCUGCGUACGCUGCGGCCAAGCAACGUAUCGCCCACGUGCGCUCCGUACACGGAGAACUGAACAAUAAUGUACCCGUCGUGGCGGUCGAAGGGUUCCUGCAUGAAGCUGUUACUGAUAGAUGGUACGACAUGUCCCUGAUGGUACUGUCGCAGCCGUCGCUGGGCAUCGAGCUCCAGCUGCAGUCGCAGGGCACGCCGGUGCCGGCCGCCGCCAUCGCCGCCGCCGCCGCCGCCACGCCAAGCGACUAUGCGCACGCGCAGACCGGGUACAGCGUCACUAUCGGAUCUAUCAUGGCUGCUAGUUUACAGGUUCCUCAUACGCAAUGGCAGGAGGCUUCGACGGGAGUAUCUCGACGGGAACUGCUGCAGCUGACGGCGCGCUCGCUGGCCGGCUCAUACAAACGGCUGCUCGCCGUCUCAGCUAACGAGGCGUAGGUGACGAAGAAAGAGAAUAGACUAUGUACAG